AAGACCUGUGUUACAAGAGUAUCUUAGUCUAAAAUAGUUGACGUGUUAUAUGGGAUUUUUCUAAAGGAUUUGCCAUAUCAAUCGUAAAAAAAUACGUCAACGUACAAUUAUUUGGACUAGAAAGUAGCUGUAUCUCUAAAUCGGAUUAAAAAGUGUAAGAAAUAUGCUGAAUCUGAACCGAGUGCUGGCUGAGCGGAUCCACUCCAUCAACGCGCCCACUGAACAGUCUCAGGAGGCGUACGCCGAGUGGACGCCCACUUAUGAACAGGAUCUUAAAGGCGAAGGAUACUGUUCACCGGAAGUGACGGUUAAAUACGUGUGUGACGUCAUUCCGGAUGAGUCGCGAGCCUCAACCCGCGUUCUUGAUAUCGGGGCAGGCACCGGUCUUGUUGCAAAGCUGCUACGGGAGCGCGGCUUUAUGUGUAUGGACGCCUUGGACCCGAACGAUACGAUGCUUCGAGAGGCCAGAAAACACAAUCUAUACGAUAACUACUUCUUGGAGUAUAUAACGUCAAAACCUACAUCAAUUCAGGAAGGUACAUACGAUGUGCUUACCGGAAGUGGUAUUUACGCCACGGACGGACAUGUUCCACUUGGCGCAAUUAUAGAAAUGAUCCGCCUGGUUAAGAAAGGUGGUUUCAUAGUGCUUGUGACGCGGUUUAUACUGCUCGCGGCGGACGGCCCUUACGAGCAGCUUGAGCCCCUGAUGAAGCAGCUUGAGGAGGAGGGACGGUGGCGGGCCAUCCACAGGGAUGUCUUCCCCAGAUACUACCGCAACUACGAAGGCAUUGCGUGGGUCUUCCAAAAAGUUUAGCUCAAUUCAGGGAGAAGUUAAUGAAUGACAUA